CGGCCGAAGCGGAAGGGGCGUGGCAGGUACUUGGCGUUCUCGGGCUCAGGGCAGGGGCGGGCCUGUGAAGCCAUUGGCCUCACCGCUGGGCGGCGGGGGCGCGCUGGUCUCGCCCGGCCGGAUGGGCGGGCCCUGGCGGCUCCUACGCGCCCUGCGGCUUCGGCUCCUCGGGCCAGAGAAGCAGCAGGUGGGCAGCGACCAGUUUGGAAACAAAUACUACAAGAUCCCCAAACACCAAACCUGGGCUGGACAGACCAUUCCAGAGAAAAGAAUAAUAGAAGCAGUAAAUCAAGAGGAGUAUAAGUAUGAAGUGGGCGACUUGCCAACAGAAUGGGAAGCUUGGAUUAGAAAAAGAAGAAAGGAUCCACCCACAAUGGAGGAAAUUCUUAAGAAUGAAAUCUAUAGAGAAGAAAUAAAACUGAAAAUCACAGAUGCUUCUGAAAAGGACAGCCUCCUUCAGACCAAGGAAUAUGAGGGACUUGUUGCUGAACCAAUUAAAACUCAAAUUAAAGGCCAUGCAUCAUCCCCUUACUAUGGAAAGAAUGAGCCUUCACCAGACCCAUCCAGCACUGCAAAAACCUUUCAGCCAGGUUCCUGGAUCCCACCAGCUAGCAAUAGCCGUAAUAAAUAAACAGUUGUAAUGUGAAAAAUCUUGCCAGUGCAUUGUGUAGAAAAUUGCUCUAACAAGCAACAUGACUGAAGAAAACUUUUUCACUUACCAAUUGUGUGUGAGAAAUAAACUGAUAUAUUAAAGUUAAUUUUCAUUUGUUUUUACAAGCUAGAUCUUAGAAAUCAUUGAAUUCUUAGUUAUUACUGUGACUAAUUAGUAAAUCUUAGUAUAAAACUACUGCUACUUAAUUUUUUUAAAGUAAUUGUUAAUCUUUUGUUAUUCUUGAGCUCAUUCUAUUUAGUUCAUUGAGGUAGGAAAAUGUCACAAUACGCUUUCUUUUGACAGGCAUUUUUCCUUAAAGGUAACAAUUAUUAUAUAUAAAAAAAUUAUAACUAUAAUCUGGUCUUCAACAUAAUGGAUUUCACAUAGCUUAUUUGUAGACAUGAUGCUUAUAAAUGACCUUUUGCAUUAUCAAAUCUAGAUUUUUUUUGCUUAAUCAUCAUGUAUUUCUAUGGAAUCCCAAAGAGUUCCCUGCCUAUUGUUGCCUUUUAAGAUGGUCAGUGCUGUUGGCUCCCUUACAUGAUUGUAGGGUCUGUUUGACCUCAUUAACAGAAAGCACUUCAAAAAUAUAGAGAGACUACAUUCUUUGUUAAUUUUAGGGGACUAUAUCUUGUAACUGUAUUAAUAGAUGGUAAAAUCAACAGUUGAAGUGUGACUUGCUCGCCAUCGUUAAGUAGUCUAAAGUGCUAUAUGGAAUCAGUCUGAGUCAAGGAGCAGAGUGUGGAAGCACUUUCUCAUUUUCCAAGAAUUUAAGACCUCCUAGGCCAGGGGUUCUCAAACUGGGGGUCAGGACCCCUCAGGGGGUUGCGAGGUUAUUACAGGGGGAUCGCAAGCUGUCCACCCAAAAGCCACUUUGCCUCCAGCAUUUAUAAUGGUGUUAAAUAUACAAAAAAAGUGUUUUUAAUUUAUAGGGGGCAUCACACUCAGAGGCUUGCUAUGUGAAAGGGGUCACCAGUACAAAAGUUUGAGAACCACUGUCCUAGGAAAUGUCUACACCAAUAAAAUUCUUAUCAAGAUUACAGGAAGGGCCAGUAAUGGUGCAGCUGCAUCUGUGAUAGGAAAAGUGUAAAAAUUAGUGCAGAGAGGGCACAGACUCUUUGUCCUCUUCCCCCCCCCCCCCCCCCCAGUGCUUUUAAAACCUGCUCUGUACAAGUUUUCAUGACUUAGUGGUAAAAGCACCUGAGCUCCAGGUUAGUGACUUAGCACUCUCCAUUGCUAUCAAUCAGAUGUGCUAUGGCUAGGUCUCCCUAGAAGCUGUGGCCCCCAGACCCUGAAUUCUGUGCUGAAGGUGUCAGACUUGUAACAGCUUCAGUAACAAAAAAGACACAUGACUAUUAAAAUAUAAAAAGUAUCAGACAAUACUCCUUGUUUUGAUAUUCAAUUGUGGACAUCUCAGUGGUGGAAUGUCCUUCAAUUGUGCAUUACCCCCAAACCGUUUAAUUUGCAAUAGGAUUUGAUUUGGAUAAUACACAACUUCGUUACAGAAGUUGUCAGACAGGAAGAGCUGGAGGCUUUGGCUCCUGUGCAAGGGUCAGUUAAUGUUUCAGGCCUUUGAGAGGCAGCUGAAGCUUUUAGCAGCUGAAGAAAAGAUUCAUCUCUUUUUUUCUCGUUUCCUAUCCAUAUACAUGAUUUGACAUUUUGACCUCUUGCUUCACUGGCCCAGCACCCUUUGAAAAGAACCAGCCUCUCCCCUGUUAGAUAGAUGUUUCUUAAAAUGAUCUUUUUAAAGAACCAUCUAUCUAAUGGGAGAGGCUGGUUCUUUAGCACUUUAGACUACUUACAGAUGGCCAGCAAGACACACUUUAACUGUUGAUUUUACCAUCUAUUAAUACAGUUACAAGAUAUAGUCCCCUAAAAUUAACAAAGAAUGUAGUCUCUCUAUAUUUUUGAAAGUGCUUUAUGUUAAUGAGGUCAAACAGACCCUAAAAUCACGUAAGGGAGCCAACAGCACUGACCAUAUAUUAAUUAAUUAUAAUUGAUUCUGUCAAUGUUGAUAACACUUACUGUCACUAGUUUUAAGAGUUAGCCCUACCCUUGCAAGGAAUGGACAUGUUUGUAUCCUAAGAACUUCAUGUGUUUAUGUUAAUUUAGAAGAUUGUAACCAUAGAUUAUGAAGGCAAACAUGAUUUUUAAUGAAGUUUAGAUUCUUUUGUUAAAUCCUAUCAAUUUUAUGGCCAUGGAAUUGGAAAGAAAUUUAAAGGGCCAGAGAUAUAUUACCAUCCCACCACAUUCCCAAACAAUUUUAGGAAUAGUACUGAAUGGAAUCUGAGAUGGAGACUGACCACUAUAAAAGUUUUUAUAUGAUAAA